CAGAAUGAACUCGUAUUUAUUCCCACUAUAUUCCCAUUGUUUUUCUGUGUUAACAAAAAACACAACAGCUGAGCUAAGUUCGCACGAGAAUUACUUGACAAUUUCUAAAAAGUUGAAUAGAACAAGCCAUUAAAAUGCCUGUAGACUGGUUUGGUUAUGUAUACGCUGCAACAGUUGCCGCUGGUGGAAUCAUGGGCUAUGCAAAGGCUGCUUCCAUUCCCUCGCUGGGAGCAGGCGUUGCAUUUGGAGCGCUGCUUGGCUAUGGCGCUCACCUAAACUCUCAAGAUCCACCACGGCCGCUGCUCCAGCUGGGAACAUCGCUCUUUUUGGCUGGAUUGAUGGGUGCUCGCUGGAAUAGGUCUGGAAAGAUGAUGCCAGCUGGAAUGGUUUGCUUGCUUUCCAUGGCAGCGUUGGUCAAAAAUUUGGUCACAUAUAAUCGUUACUUGCCAUUGCCUACAAAGGGCGCCUAAAUAGGAACAACAACAAAAGCAACAAAAACAAAAAGUCUGGAUUGCUGUUAAACUUGCCGAAAGUUUUUCUAAAAGAAUUAUAUUUUCCUGGGAGUGGAACUCAAAGUUGGAAUGGUUUAUGGACUUAUAAGAAUUUAAUUGGAUUAUUCAAUUUUAACUACGAGAUACCCUGUAAACGCAACAUUCAUGCGCAUCAAAUAAUUUGUAUGCAUUAUAAUAAAUUUUAUUUGCUUUGUACUUAAACUAAAACACUUUUACUAUGAAUAUUUAGUAAAGUAUGACGAAUCAUUACUAUAA